AUGCGCGCUCUCGACGUUGCCGCCGCGCUCACGCUCGCGCUCCUCUGCCACUCGACGACCGCGCUCCUACGCGUCCCGCUCACCGCCACGCCGCAGCAACGCAGCGGCCGCGACCUCCUGCAGUUCCACACGCCGCCACGUCCCGACGUCGAUAACAAGGACGACGUUGUCCGCGCGCUCAGCCAUCUCUCCACGCUACAGCACGACGACAAGAGCAAGCCUAACCGCACCGACGCGCACCGACGAGACGCGGAAGCGCUGCAGCAUCUGCUGCAAACGCAUCACCAUCAGCUCGACUUGGAAGCAAAGGGCCACGUCCCGCUCGAGAACUUUAUGGAGUUUCAGUUCUACGGACCACUGACGAUCGGCACGCCGCCGCAAGAGCUUUUUGUGUGUUUUGAUACAGGCUCGAGUGACUUGUGGGUCCCAGGGACGACGUGCGCCGCCUGCGCGGGCGACCGGCGCUUUGAUCACGCCAUCUCGAGCACGUACUCGGACAAUGAGGCAACGAGACGACGGCGGGCGUUUGCCGUGCAGUACGGCAGCGGCAAAGUGAGCGGCCACUUUGGCCGUGACGUUGUGCGGCUCGCGCAGUUUCACGUGCACGACACGAGCGUGGGGAUUGUCACGGUGGAAGAAGAAUCGAUGGCGAAAAUGCGCGCGGACGGGCUCUUGGGUUUGGCGUUCGACGGCCUCUCGACGUUUUCCCAUCCGCCGCUGUUUUUCAUAUUGCUGGAGCAGUACCUGGAACUGGACGCCGUGUUUGCGUUUUACUUGAGUCCAAACCCGAACACGAGCGGCUCGGAGCUGCAUCUGGGCGGCUACGACACGGAGUUGAUGGAGGCGCUCGACGCGACGUGGCAAGUGACGGACGUCUUGCCGCAGUUUGGCCAAUGGACGUUCUGGCGGAUCGCGCUCCACAGCGUGACGGUCGGACACCACGAGAAUGCGUGUGCACGGGGCUGUGUGGCGUUUGUCGACUCGGGCACGUCACUCAUUGGUAUCCCUGGAACUCUGUACUUGAACUUUCUCUAUGAAGUCGCGACGUUUGCGCAGAAUCGAGGGUGCUACUGUGGCUUUGUGCAGUAUGGUUUUCAGUGCUUUUUAUGCACGCCCCAAGACUUUCCGCCGCUGCGUAUUGGUGUCGGCAAUCGUCACUUUUAUGUACUGGAAGGAGCGGAUUACACGUUGUGUGUGGGCGUCACGUGUAUUGUACUGGUGCAGCCAAGUGGCCAGGAAAUGUGGGUGCUCGGUGACGUGUUUAUGAAGAAAUUCUACUCGAUGUACGAUGUCGAGAAGAAGCAAGUGGGCUUUGCUUGUCCAGCGAACUCGACGCUGUGCGGCAUCGACACUCGAGACAACAUGGUGAACAGCAACGAUGACCUGCCGUCGUCGCAGCAAUCUUCGCCGUUUUUCGAGAACAGCUUCAACAUGUACGCCAUGGACUCACAUGCUGUCUUGGUGCUGUUCUUGUCGGGUCUAUCGCUCCUUGGCUCGGGCUUUGUUGUGUCGUCGUUUGUGCAGUACCCCGUUCUGCACAGCUUCCGCUCAUUCUCGCUGUUCUUCUGGCUCUCUGUAUGUACACUGGGCUACAACGUCACGCUGUGGAUUGCUGGGGUAUGGCGUGCACACCAGACGCGCGUAUUUUUCUGUGCACUGCUCAAGAGCACGCAGCAGUUCUUGGGUACCGCCAUCUUGUUCCUCAGUGCUGUCAUUGGUCUGGAACUCAUUCGCGCAGUACGCUGGACUCGUUCUAGCACGGUGGAGUUCAAAGUUGCGUACCACGUUGUCGUUUGGUGUGUUGCAGCCUUCACAGGAGCAUUUUCGUUGUUCACGGGUGUGAUCGGCUUCCUGCCAGAUGGCGCUGGCCCUUGCCGAGCUUGCUUUCUAGGCCACAGUCCGACGUGGGCUCGCGUCCUGUUGUUUUAUCUACCAGCAACGGCAGCGCUUUCAUUUGCCGGAACGGCAGUGUACCUUGUGGCCUCCGGUCCAUCUGCACAGUCACUCCCGCCUCAAGCGGAAGGCGUACGUCGUAGAAGUGGACAAUUGCUGUCCAGCUGCGCCGCAACCGUUGUCGCCUUCCUCCUUCCAACCCUGUUCGGCUGGCUACACGCCUUUGGUGCAGACUGGGUCACGUCCGGCUUUUUCCUCUACGUUGCCGAGCUGUGCUUUUACUCGCUAGGCCUGUUCAAUGCGCUCUCGUGGGCGUUUAACCCGUCGUAUCGCGCCGCUCGGUACCGUGGUAACAAUGCUACGGGAGGCGAAGGAAUGCGUUUGGUGGGACCGAAUUAG